AACCAUUAGGCUACCCCACCUCUCCUCUUCCAAAGAUGUUUGUGUAGAGUUGUUGACCAUCCUGUUGGAGCAGUCAGGUAUGCUUGAUUCAUCUUGAUCUAACUUACAUUUUGUUCGGCUUGUGGGUCACAGUUAAUGUACUUUUGCACACCGCCUCGUCUCACGUGACUGGGACGACAGUACGACGGAUUAAGUGACCUGGGAUAGUGAUGUUAGAUCACGCAACACGGAGCAGAAUGUACUACGGUUGGAUAAAACUGUUUUGUAUACUUGUGUUAUAUUCAACAUCUGCCGGUGCACAAGAAGGUUACUUCUGGCACAUCACGGACUAUCAUUACGACACAACGUACUGGUCUGAGAUGCGGUCCUGUAAUGACGAAGUUCCGGUUCGUGGUAUCUAUGGCGACUACUGGUGUGACUCCCCCUGGCGGCUCGUACUCGACAGCAUCAACGCCAUGGCCGACAUAGAGAGAGACGUCGACUUCAUCCUCUGGACUGGUGAUAACGUGGCCCACAUCGCAGAUCAGUACACCAAUGAGACAUACGUCGUGCACAUCCUCAGCAGUAUCACUGACGCCCUGAAGACGGCGUUCCCAGGGGUCAAGGUCUACGCCACGAUGGGGAACCACGACUGGUAUCCUUCCGACCAGCUCCCAGACACACCGCACCUCCUGUACAACGCCACUGCGGAACUCUGGGAAGACUGGAUUGGCGAUGCAGAACAGAUGGCGAACUUCCGUAAAGGCGCCUACUACACAGUAAAGACGGCUCAGGGACUGAGGAUUAUAGGACUGAACACAAACAUUUACUACACGUCGGACAAACUGACUGCUGCACUGACCGACCCUGUUGGUCAGUUCGCCUGGCUGGAGGCGGUCCUCAAGAACGCCAAGGUUGCUGGAGAAAAGGUGUUGAUGACUGCCCACGUCCCUCCAGGCUUCCACGUCCCAGAGAAGGUCCAAUGGUUUUACAACCAUUACAACACCCGCUUUCUAGAUAUCAGCCGUACAUACUCCGACAUCAUCGUGGGCAUGUUCUUCGGUCACAACCACGCCGACGCAUUCAAACUCUUGCAAAUGUCUGGUGGAGGUCCUGGUGUACCAAUGUUCAUGGCUCCAUCACUCACCCCCUGGCGAUACAAGAAUGACGAUGUAACCAGCGAUCCCCACAACCCAGCCAUCAGACUUAUAAAGUACAACCAGCAAAACGGAGUCCCACUAGACAUCCACCAGUAUUACAUGAACCUGACUGCCAGCAACAGAAACAACGCCUCUGACUGGAAACUAGAGUACAAAGCCACCGAAGCGUACGGGCAGUCUGAUCUCUCGGCUGUUUCAAUUGAUAACAUUAUACAGGCCUUCAAGACAGACAAAUCUCUUCUUGAUCAGUAUAUCAGACACCAUUCCGUCCUGGCUAAUGGAGAAACAACAGUCAAUGCCUGUGACGAGAAGUGUCGAGCUGAAUUAAACUGUGGUUUCAUCCACAUGACCGAGGGGUCGUUCGAUUCUUGCUACACAGCAAUAGUUGGAGGUUCGACAAGGCUGUGUUCUUCGUCCCUUCUUAUUGUCAUGUUAGCCACCAUGUGCUAUACAGUGUAUUAGAGACAAACAUCGAUACCUCUUUAAGAUAGAUGUGUAAAUACGUGAUCCUGUCAUAAUACACACAAAGAACUUAAUUAAGCACCCCAUGUAUUUUUGCAAUGAUAGGUUUUCUGACCCGUAUGAUCCUUCGGCUCAUAAAAUGACAAAA